GUCUUUCUACUGAUAGUUCAUACAUGAAACUGCUCAACAAAUCUUAAAAGUUUUUAUAUUUUUUUUAUUUAUUCAUUUAUUUAUAUAUUUUAGUGCUUUGAGCCCCACAAGCAGAGUGCCAUCCAGUCAUUAUAUUCCAAAAAUGCAGACAUCUCUAAAGCUGAUAACUUCAAAACUGGGCAAUUGGAUAAACAGCACUACAGAUGGGAGCAGUCGGAGUCCCAGACUGGAAUAAAGAGUCCUUGGACCACCCCUGAUAGUCCGUGAGAGGCUUCCUAUUGGCCCGGUAGUGAGUGAGGUGGCAUAUGGCUCAUGGAGCAGUGAACGGAGCCUGCUUCUCCCGAAGAAAAGUGGGAUUUUAAUCAGUGAGGUGAAAUUAAAAUAUUUGUUUGUCAUCACAGUGCAACAACUGGAUGUUUAGUUUCAUAUUAGCGGUUUUAAUGCAGAAGAAAGUUCGAGAAAAGUUUUCUUUCAGUUCUGGCAGGUUUGUGGAGCUCGGUGGGGUUCAGAGUGGUAUUUACUGGUUUUGUUUUUGGCACCACAAGUCACCGAAAGCAGACCAUGUCGCAGUCUGACCAAAAAGAAAACGCGGAGCAGCCAACGUUAGUCUCGGAACAUGAGCACAGCGGAGUCUCGGUGAACCCGAGGGCGGUUUGUAACGUUUGUAAACGCUUGUUCCGGGACCCUAAAAUCCUCCCAUGUCUGCACACCUUCUGCUCCGACUGUAUCGGCCAGCUGGAGCCGUUCUCGGUGUCUUCGCGCAGAGGCGAAGCGGUGGAGGAGGACCGACCCGCCGUCGCCGUCACCGUCACGGUGCUCUGUCCCGACUGUGACUCCGAGGUAGACAUCCCUCCGUCGGGACCGGAUGGGCUGAGCACCGACCACCUGGCGCUGGACGAAGUGUUCCUGGAGACCCUGGUGACGGACGGCCCGCUGGGAUGCGACCUGUGCGGCGAAGGAGGCGCCGAGAGCCGCUGCGAGGUCUGCUGCGUCAACCUGUGCGAGUUCUGCUGUCAGGCGCACAGGCGGCAGAAGCGAACAGCAUCUCACUCUGUUCAGUGUCUGGAGGAGCUGAAGACUCGCGGUCGUCUCUGCCGCCCCGUCCUCUGCUCCCUCCACCCCGGCCAGGAGCUCCGGCUCUUCUGUCAGCCCUGCGACCUACCCGUCUGCCUGGAGUGUGCCGCCACACUGCACCGUGACCACCGCUGCUGCCCCACCCGGGAUGUUAUUGAUCGUCAUGGAGACCGCAUCCGAGAGCUGGUCUCGGUGCGCCUGCGUCCUCGCCUGGAGCGUCUGACAGACUCGCUGCAGAAGGUGGAAGUAUCCCAGGAGGCUUUGCAGGCACGGGUGGAUGCAACAGCGAACGAGGUGAGGACGUUUGCACGAGGCUACGCCAGCGCUGUGGAGGCCCACUGCUUGUCUCUGCUGCAUCGCCUGGAGGAGCUCCGUGUCCAACGCAGGAACCAGCUCCACCUGCAGAGGGCGCAGCUGCAGCAGGCUCUGUCGGACGUCCGAGGCGGUGUGGAGUUCGCAGAGAGACUGCUGAGCUGCGGCUCAGACGCCGAGAUCCUCAGCGCCAAAGGAGUGACCCUGAGGAGACUGACCAGCCUGGCAGAGAGCAGCUACGACCCCCACCCAGCAACCGUCGCCCCCGAUGACGGCAGUAGCAUCAGCUUUAUGGCCAUGGAGCCAGCAGGGGAGCUGGAGGGCUAUCCGCUGGUCGGGGUGAUCAACUCUAAGACAGUGGACCUCAGCAAGUGCACCAUCGAAGGUGAAGGUCUGCAGAUGGGCAGGGAGGGUCAGCAGGGCCACUUCACCCUGGUGUGCCGAGACUCAGCUGGGGAGCAGAUGGCACGAGGUGGAGAGCAUGUCCUUGUCAGUGUCAUUCACAAGGAGAAGAAAAACUGCACAGUGGAGACGACAGUGGUUGACAACAACGAUGGAUCCUACAGCGUUUCAUACACACCUGAAGAGCCAGGAACAUACUCAGUGUGGGUUUGUGUCAAAGCUCAACAUGUCAAGGGUUCACCGUUUAUUCUGAAUGUGAAGAGAAAGGUGAGGCGCCACAGUGGGACGUUUCACUGCUGCUCCUUCUGCUCCAGUGGAGGAGCCAAAGAGGCUCGCUGUGGCUGCCCAGGAACCAUGCCAGGAGGAUUUAAAGGUUGCGGUCACAGUCAUAAAGGACACCCCGGGAAGCCCCACUGGUCUUGUUGUGGCAGCACCGUGGAGCAGUCUGAGUGUUUGCCUCCGAGCGUGUUGGCUGCAGUUUCCCCCCGCAGCCACCUGCGCACUGUGGAGCUCUGAGGUGACACGGAGACGAGACCUGUCGAGAUGAUUCAAGUUAAUGAAGGAUGGCAGCAGCCAAAAGGUUAGAGCAGAGCGGGGGAGUUAGCUUAAGGUGGUUAGUGUAAUUCAUCAGCAGACUUGAAAAGGUCAGAAAAGGAAAAUGAAGACACAAUGACUGAGGCGGGACAUCAAAGUCUCUGCGUCUUGAGAGUGCUCACCUCUGCCAGACAUUCUGGUAACCUUUUUAUUGUGAAACAGUAGCCAGCUUCCAUCAGAGACUAAGACAAACACCCAAGUGUGAGCUAAAGGCUCUGAAUCUAUGUUGUAAAGUGCCUUUUGUGUCUAAGUCUGCCUACCUAUGACAAGACAUGCCAUGAAAUGUUCCAAACACAACAGCCUGUCUCCUCUUAAAUCAAAUGUGUUAAAAUCCUUGCUGAAGGGCGCCUUAGAGAAGAUCAUUCAUCAUUGUUACUUUUCUUUCACCAGCCAUCUUCUGGUCUUUUUUUGUUUGUUUUUAAACCUUGAAGCUGCUGUUGAUUUCAAAGGUGCUGAAAUUAGUUGGGUUUUUUUUUAUCUUAAAUGUAAAACUCAUUAAGAGAAACAAUGCAAAUCACCAGACUGUUGAACAUUUUGUAUUUUUUAUAUCCUUUAUAUCAAGGAAAAUAUCUUUUGAAAUGAAGUGCCUCCAAAAACAACUGCGAUGCUGAAAGACCACUAAUUCUUAUUUAUCUGCACUGAUCACUGUUGAAAGUACACAGAAGAGCUGUGAUCCUGACACACGAAGUCGAUAGUUUGCAUUUACAUUUUGAUGAAUUAUGAUUUUAUUUUGAACGGUAAAGUACAGUAAUCAAGUAAUUCUGAAGUCAUUACUGGAACAAAAUAGAGCGUGACAGAUACAUCAGCAGGCAGAUAUUAUCAGCCAAUAUUUCGCUAAUUGAAGAUACAUUGUAUCGGCAUAUAUGUCAGUCAGUAACAAUAAAUUGCAGUACUGAAAUGCGAAUGUGUUUUGAGGUCAUUUACAAACAUUACAUAGUUUGUCUACCAGAGAGCCCUGACAAGGUCCAACUGUAAAAUGUCCUGCUUAGUUCAUAUCUUGUUCAUAUCUUUAAUGACCAAAUUUAAGGGAACCUUAUCAAAAUAUGUGUUCAAGAAAUAACAGUGAUGUUAAACAAACAAUAGUCUUUUAAGUACUGUUUUUAUCUGUUCUGAGUACCAUGAAAUAAAUGUACUAUUUACUGUUAUUUUAUGAUUCUCACUAAUAGGUUACAAACUAAAUUAUGGAUUGAUUAGCAUAUUUUCCCAAUAAAUACAAAGUAAUUACUGUAUUAUUUCUUUAUGCUCACUUCAGGUAAUUACUUUUUUGGAACAAUAUUCACUAGUACACACUUGAUAAUUAUUAACAACAGGUACUUUUUUGUGCGUAUGCAAUAAUGGACAAUUACCCACAUAGAAUUGCCAUAUACGAACCAAUACUACAUAUUUACUGCACCUAAUGUAAGAUUAUUUCAUAGUACUAACUACAGGAAGGUACAUUUGGUUACAAAAUAAAUAACCAAUACCUAGUAAAUACAACUCGACAAUUAUCAUCCGUUGAUGCGAUAUUGUGGUGCCAUAUGCUGUUUACAAACGUCAGGGCAAAUUAAUUUCCCUGCUCUGUUUAUGAAUACUGUUUCCAUAGUCAUGUUGUGAAUGUGACCUGAAUCAAGACAGAAGCACUGAGCUGGAAUACUGUGCCUGUAAUUUCACCCAGGAUUAUUCUGUGACUGUUCAUAAUGUGAAACGCAUUCUUGUUUUUGUAAACCACAACAUUUGGCUUUUGCUCUGUGCUUUACAUAUCAAUCUCGAGUGCUUGUUGUUUUUAAUGAGGAGAAAGUCCGUCAAAUCUGCACAGAAUCGUGUUUUUUCCUUCAGUUUCAUUAGCAACUCAUCUCCACCAUGCCUUCUGGUGAAGAGCUUUAUCUGGGAAACACUGUGACCUAGAAGGUGCAGUCAGCCUCUUCUUAGAAUACAAAUUUGUUCCUCUCCGGAGGCUGUGUCACAGCACUGACUUGAAACCACAAAUGCGGAACUCAUAAUUAACUACUUAAUACCUUUUCUGAAUAUGACUUAUGUUGAGUGAGUGCAAAUAGAUAUGUUUUGUUUUUUUACUUAGGAUCUGCUGAUUGUACUGACAUGAACUGAACUUGACAUGAGGACUAAUCUUUUUGAUUUGUGGUCCAAGAUCUUCACAAUGACAGAACUUCUCUAACACUGAGUAUGUUGCUGCUGUUCACACUGUGAAAUGUUUCCAUUUCAAACUGACUAUACGUUCAUCUGAGUAUUACACAGUACUUUUUUCUGCUUCACAACUUUUUACUGACAUUACUAACAUUUUAAGCCUGUACAAUCAAAAUAAACACUUAUUUCUCA